AAAAACCUCCAGAGAAGCUCAUCAAGCCUGUUUGCGAGCAGGUCCUCAUCACUUUUGGUUACUCCUGCGACAGAGUCUCAACAAGCGCAGACAAAAGCACAGACGAGAACAAGAGAAACUCCAAUGGUACCACCAGAACAGGCAUCGGCACGACAAGUGUCACCGCGGGACCACUUACAACUACAGGAAGCC